UUUUCCUAAAAAAGCGCUUAACCAGCGCUUGACAGCCCGCUUCACACCUAUUCUCAGGUACCAGGAAGAGAGGUACUUAAAAAGCGGCCAUGUGUGAUGUAUUCUUGUUCUUUUUUCUCUACCUCAUUCUUCAGGCUGUUCAUUUUUUUCAAGCAUCCAUCAAAGUACCAUAUUACAGUCACUUUUACGAAGUAUACAAUAUGGGCCUUCAUCUAUCUCAACUAUGCCGAAAGCCCUGUGGAGAGGAUCGAGAGGUGAAGAAAACGGCCUCGAAUCCAAAGCAUACACAAGAGAAAGUGUUUGCCGUGCUGAACGACUAUCUGGGGCCUGAGAGCCCAUUGCCACUCGACCUGGCUGUAGAGUCUCUGUUGAAGCUCUUGCCUACAGAUGCUCCCGACUCUGAAGAGAUCUGCAGAUUCGGUGAAGACUGCUUUGAGAUCGCUGAAAUGGCUUCCUAUAAGAGUUCGUCACAUUCGAGAUUGGCUCAAUUGCUCGAGGCUCUUGGUCUCUCAAGCCAUUUUACAUUCCUUGCCAAAGAGAAUGGUAGAGUUUGGCGUUUCAAUCUGCUCAAACAUUCAAUGGAAGACUUCUGCGCGGGCCCUGAUAGCGAAAAUCCUGGACGAUACGUCAACUAUAAUUCAUUCUUAGCGCACUUAUACGAACAUCGCAUUUUCCCAACUGAUCCCACAUAUGCAUUGUGGGCUAUGCGUGCUGCUUUUGAAGACGAGAGAAGCCAUGAAGCAAAAGAAGUUCGCAGCUCCUGGAUUCUAGGCGCAGCUCAAUGGAUCUUAUGGAAUGGACAAAGCAUUUUCAAUCUCGUCCUGGAGCCAGCCCUCUACGAUGUUACAUACGAAACCUGGCCAGAUCGAGGCGCGUGGGAUGCUGGUAGUCUCUAUAAUGGCGCACCUGGUCUCUCUCUUGAAAGGUGGCAGUUUUGGAAGCGCCAGUUCGGAGAGGUCUCCCAAGGGUGUGACGUUACUGAUGAGUGUAAGAUGGUGUCUGCUAGAGCGAUGGCGAUGAUGGAUUUAUUUGAAAAGAGCAUGGUGUUUUAGAUAGGGUGUAAAUAGGUUUCUCGUUUGGCGCAGGCGUUUGAUCUUCUCUUUCUUCUUGUUUCUCAUACAACUUCAGUUCCAGAUAGAAGAGCCAUG